GUCUACGGAUACUUUUAGGCUUUCAUAUCAUCAUGUUGGGCUUACGCUCGUUAGUCACGCUCCUUACUGUUGCGGCAUCAGCUGCUAUCAGUGCGAAAAAUGGUAUCGGUUCCGAGUGGCCUCAGGUCACGGGUCUGCAGAUCACCGAAGAAUCCAAGAAAGCACACCACACCGACCACUUCAAGAUCGACCUCGGCUUUGCGGUCAGACGUGGCCAGCCCUUUGAAGUUGUCGUCACUACGAGUGAGAAGUUGAAGUACGAUAACAUGACCUUCGUGAUGAGUGUUAACGAGAAAGCGAGUGAGUUCAGCCCGGACUUCGAAUGCGAAGUAAAAAAAUCCCUUGGCGACAACAAGUAUAUGGUGACUGUCACAACUACUGGCGAUUGUCCCGUAGGAAAGUACGAAGAUAUAACUUUGGCCGUCGCUACAAAGAAUAAGGAAGGAAAAAUUGAAAGCGAGGAAGAAUCCUAUGAAUAUUUCUACCCAUUCCCAAUCUAUGUUCUAUUUAACGCAUGGUCGGAGGAAGACAAAUGUGUAUAUCUAGAUGAUGAAGAGAUGCGUCAAGAACACGUCCUCCAAGAUUAUGGCAAGGUCUAUGAUGGAUCUAUCAACAAAUACAGAACUAUCCACUGGUAUUACGGUCAGUCCCAUCAGGUUGCGCUUGAUGCUGUUUUCUACCUGCUCAAAACCAUCCCGGCAGGGCAUUCGCAAAGUGCACUGAAGACAGCGCAGCAUAUCUCGCACAACCAAGGGUUCCACGACCCCAAUCCAGGAGAAAAGCCGCAUCAAGGUAACAAGGAUGGCCUACUGGAGGGUAAGUGGAGCGGUGAUUUCGCUGAUGGCACCGAUCCUGAUCUGUGGGUCAGCACCGUAGAUAUCCUGAACGAAUGGAAAAAAACCGGCAAGCCCGCAAAGUACGGACAGUGCUGGAUCUUCGCGGCAUUGCAGAACACCCUGAUGCGCGCUAUAGGUAUUCCUGCUCGGCAGCUCUCCGCCUUUGGUGCCCGAAUCGACGCUUCCGCAAAAACAUCGAAGGAUCACAUCCAUCAUCACGUAGUCGAUCAAUUCUUUGAGGCCGACGGUACAUUGCACCACUCUAAAGGAAGCGUGUGGAACUAUCACUCUUGGAAUAACAUUUGGUUGCACCGGGAUGACGAUAAGAGCGGUUGGCAGUCCGAGGACGGAACCCCCCCUGGAUUAGGUCCCGCUAGUGUCAAAUCUACUCUGGCCCUCGAUGAACGUGCUGGGUACAAUAUCAGCGAUGUGAUAAGCACUGUCCACUCUACGCUUCGCAACUAUCUGGUCGAGUGCGAGAAGCCUGAUGCAGAAAACACUGAUCUUAAGGGAUGCACGGUAGAGAAAAUGAUUAAGUACGACAUAACAGGAGCUGGGCUUAUCCUGACCACCAAAACAAAUAAGGAUGGAUCGUUCUCCGAGAAAGAAAUCACGCAAGAAUUCGUGGACCCCACCGUGGAUGCUUUUAUUCCUUUCCCCAAGGAUGACGAGUCUUGGUUGCAGAGUAACCAGAGGCUUGUAGAUGACGAGCCCGAGUUCGAGGUUUCCAUCGAGGGUAAUGGUAUGGUCGUGGCUGGUGAUACCGUAGAGGGUACCGUAGAGAUCCAGGCAGCCAAGCCUGGGACUGUUUUCGAGGUCAACGUCGCCAUUGACCUUAUUAAUAAUAAGGGAGAUGUGAUCAAGAAAUUGGGUCGUCAGUCUCGCAAUGUUAAAUCUACCGGUGAGGCAAUGUCGCUCAAAUUCGAUGUGGACGCUCAGCAAUACCUCCAAAAGUCUAUGCAUGACGUGGCCAUCCAAGUUCGGUCCGCGGUGCAUUCUGAAGACAUGACCCGCAUUGUGACUAAAGUUAUAUCUUUUGAUGCGCCCAAGAUCAAUCUCAUCGUGCCAGGAAACGUUAUGGUUGACGGCAACGAUGUAGAGACUUUCUUCCCUGUCGAGGCUACAUACACUAAUACCCACUCGUUCAAAGUGAACAAUAUUUGUCUAUCGAUUCAUUCCCAUGAACUCGGGUUCAAGGACGAAAGUGUGGGUACCCGGCACACAGUCUGUGAAGACCUGGCACCCGGUGCCAGCAUUCAGCUUAAGAGCCAGCUGGAGACCGCAAAUGAGAUCCGCAACCACUAUGUAUUUGCAACAGUGCACGGUGAACAUAUCCCAGUAGGAUAUCAACAUGCCACCGUAGUGCACAUCGAAGGAUGAAGGUAUUGAAAUGAUCUAAUAAAAAAUUGCACAGCUAAACCUGUACCUGAUGGUUUGUGAAGGAUGACAACUGUAAAAAAG